AUGAAAUUUGUGCAGGAAAAUAUUUUUUCGAGAUUUGGAUGUCCUAGAGUGAUUAUUAGUGAUGGAGGAACACAUUUUACAAAUAAAAAUUUCAGAGAACUGUUGAAAAAGAAUGGAGUACAUCAUAGAGUAGCCACUCCAUAUCAUCCCCAAACAAAUGGGCAAGCUGAAGUAGCAAAUAGGGAAAUUCAGAGAAUUUUGAGAAAAAUAGUUAGACCAGAUAGGAAAGAUUGGCCCACGAAAUUACAAGAUGCAUUAUGGGCUUAUAGAACAGCUUAUAAAAAUCCCAUAGGUAUGUCCCCAUUUCGUCUCAUUUUUGGAAAGCCAUGUCAUCUUCUUGUGGAAAUAGAGCAUAAAGCAUUAUGGGCUAUAAAAAAUUUAUGUAUGGAUGAAAAAUCAGCUGGUGGGCAUAGAAUUUUUCAGCUACAUGAACUAGAGGAGUUGAGGAAUGAAGCUUAUGAAAAUCAUAGAAUAUAUAAAGAAAAAACUAAAACUUUUCAUGAUAAAUACAUUAGCAGAAAAAAAUUUAUUGGACAAAAAGUGUGGUUAUAUGAUUCUAGACUGAAAUUAUUCCCAAGAAAAUUAAAAUCAAAAUGA